CAGCCUAGGGUCCUUAGAAGUGAACGUCGCUUACUGUGGAGUUUUGUUUUGCAGUGGAUUUUGAAAAGAUUGCGGGGAGAUGUAUCACAACAGCUCACAAAAGAAAUUCUGGACUUUCCCCAGAGAAGACGACCUUGAAACACUGAGGUUUCAAGCUAAUCAGAAGUUUCGCGCAAAAGUCUUAGGAAGUGGAAAGGCUGCAGUGAAUGAGUCUUUGUUUCUGGAGCCCCAUGAGGAGAAGGUCAUCUUUAAGCACUAUGAAAAGAGACUGCUGGACUUUUGUGCCAUUUUUAAACCAGUAAUGCCAAAAUCUGUUGUGGGUACAGCAUGUAUGUACUUUCGGAGAUUUUACCUGAAUAACUCGGUGAUGGAAUACCAUCCCAGGACAAUAAUGCUGACCUGCACUUUUUUGGCCUGUAAAGUAGAUGAGUUCAAUGUCUCGAGCACGCAGUUUGUUGGGAAUCUCGGAGAAAGUCCCGCAGGCCAAGACAAAGCACUGGAGCAGAUCCUGGAGUAUGAAUUGCUUCUUGUUCAGCAACUGAAUUUCCACCUCGUUAUCCAUAAUCCUUACAGACCAUUUGAAGGCUUUCUUAUUGACUUGAAGACAAGGUACCCAGCGCUGGAGAACCCAGAGGUCUUGAGGAAAGCAGCGGAUGAGUUUCUAAACCGAGCAGCCAUGACAGAUGCUGGUCUUCUUUUUCCACCGUCGCAAAUAGCACUGACGGCUAUUUUAAAUGGUGCAUCUAGGGCAGGGCUUACUAUGGAAAGUUAUUUAACAGAAUGCAUGGGAUUGAAGGAUGAUAGGGAAACCCUGUCAAAGAUGAUUGAUUCAAUGAGAUGUAUAAAGAACCUGAUAAAGAAGUAUGAGCCCCCAAGAGGGGAUGAGGUUAACAUGCUUAAACAAAAGCUUGAGAGGGUUCACAGUGAAUUUGCAGCAAUCAGAAAUCUAAAGAGGAGGAAAGGGUAUGAAGAUGAUGAGCAUGUCACCAAAAAAUCCAAGAUGGAACAGGAGGUGUGGACAGAUGAUGACAUGGAUUCCCUUUAAUGGAUGCAGCAUAAUCUGUUUAAACUAAUUCCAAUGAGUGAAAAUAACUUGAACAGCAUUAGUGUUUAUGUGUUGUGUUAUGUCACCUGCAUCUGUGGGCCUGAAUUAAUUGCUGCUUUUAUAAAGCAAAGAUGAUGAAAGCAAACCAUUGCCAUAUUCAGUCAUGAGACUUCGUGUUAUGAUCAAAUGACUUUUUACUCCUGCAAGAGUAUUGCAGUGUUUUGUCAAAUACACAAUUUAGCUGACAGUUCAGUUUAGGAAUGUGUAUUCUGUAGUUGUAUGCUAAAUGGGUCUUCAGAAGAAGUAUCCUACUUUUCUGUUUUCAGAUACCACUUUUUUUACAAUAAAUAAAUAAUGUUAAAGUUGUGGUGUUCACAAGGUUCAUCUUUUAAUAUGAUCUCAUGUAUGUACUGCAGGGUAGAGGUCUUCACGGGUCUACCCGGAGCUGAGGACCCGAAACUCGACCUGUACCGACCAGGUUUUCGGGUGCAAAAUUGUCACGCAACACUCAGGAUUGUCGGGUCGGGUUGGGUUCGAUUUUUAUUACUAUUAAAGAGGCUCUCUUUGGUACUGAAAAUCAUUGUUUAUAAUUCCUGUUGCGUGGAUUGGCUUCCCCCAGUAGCACAUGACACCUGACCCAUAUCGAAGGGGUUUCUUUUAGAUCAUUCUUAAAAGUCGCAGUAAUGGAUUUGUUUAUGAAGGACGUGAAAGAAAAAUGCAAAUCGGCGGUGUGGGAAUCAUUUGUUAUUGUG